UCUGUUCUGAUUGGUGCAUUUCUGAAGAUGGAUGAAAAUGCACUAAUCAAAAGAGUAUUUCCAUUCAGUACGCAAUCCAGCGCGAAAACAAGCUUCGUGUGCCACUGGUUUAGUAUAGAAAUCGAAAACAGAAAAUUAUAGCGUACGUAAGGAAUAUCCAUUAUCCAAGUCACUGAAGUGAUAUUAAAAUGGGUUGUACAUCUGAUCAGGAUAGUGAAAAUGUUUCAUCUAAUUUACAAAAUGAGGAUGAUGCUAAAAUAUCUGUCAUUCAAAAAAGAAAGAAGUAUAAGUGCAACCAUCCAGACUGUGAUGCUAUAUUUUCAGAACCUUCCAGAUUAGAGAGACAUAUAAGACAACACACUGGAGAGAGACCAUAUAUUUGUAAUGCAUCAGGGUGUACUAAGUCAUAUGUUUCUUCUUGCCACUUAAAAAGACAUUUGAAAACACAUGAUCUCAUUGAAAUAGUGUAUAAAUGUUUGCAGUGUUCACAAAUGAUUGUUAAUGCUUGCAAUCUGAAACGUCAUUACAAAGAACAACAUGGCAAAGGUAAAAUUAUUUGUGAAGAAUGUGGCACAGUGUUUAAUAAAAAAUUUGAUCUAGCUAAACACUGUAACAUUGUACAUUUUAAAUCUACAAUACACAAGUGUGAUAAAUGUCCCAAAAGUUUCGGAAAUAUCAAUAAACUGAAACGUCACAAGAAAAACCAUGAGAAAACUUACCCUUGCCAAAUUUCUGGAUGUUCAGAGGUAUUUUGUAAAUGGUAUCUUUUGCGUAAACAUCAAACAGAACAUAAGAAUUCGGUUUUAGAACACAAAUGUGACAAAUGUAACAAGGUUCUCCGUACAAAAACACAAUUAAAAUUACAUUCUAAAAUUCACUCUGAAGAUCGAAUGGUUAUACCAUGUCCAUACGACAAAUGUCAUAAAGCUUAUUACUACAAAUCUAACCUGGAACAGCAUAUAAAAAUUAAGCAUCUUGGGAAGAAAUUUUACUGCGAUAUAUGUUCCGCAGGACUUACAUCUAAACAGAAGUUAAUAAAGCAUAUUGAACGACAAACAUUAUGUAAUAAAAAUAUAAUGACCCUAGGAUUAAGCCUAGCAUUAAGAAAAAUAACUCCAACAAAAUACAACGAGAAAAAAGAAUAGACAGUGGCAUACCAAAAAAAAGUGUGAUAGGUAAAUUGAUUUGGAUUAAUUUUAAUAAACCAUCAAAUGAUAUAUAAGUUGAACCUGUAAAAUAUAUAUCAUAAAUUAACAAUAUGACAUUUUAUAUAAUUAUAUAAUAUGUGUAUUAGUUACAAAAUAGUUUUAUUAAAUACUAUUACAAUAAAACAACAUUUAUGUAAGUA